AGCCGUUCUGUCAUGGGGGCGAUGGGCUGUCAGAAGACGUGCACGGUGGAGAAGUUCCUGCAGCGGCCUCCGAGGGAGGCGGCGUGGAGCCAGAGACACCAGAAGCACGGCUGCGCGAGGGGCGCGCGCAAGCUGAGAAACGAAGUUUUGCCCCUCAACUUCCCCAGUGUGCAGUAUUUGGACAGCUUUCGUAUCCUAGAGGACGACGGCAGCGGCUCUCGCAGACUCGGCCCGGCAACCCUGACCCGCCACUGGGCCAAGCAGAAGUUACUGGAGACUGAGAUCGGUACCAAAAGGAAGGAGUGUGAAGCACUUGAAGCAGAGGUGAAGAAGAAGAAUCAAACAUGUCAGACUUUGGAGAAUGAACUUCAGGAUUUCCUCCAGGACAACAACCACUUGAACCUCCAGUUGUUCAACGGUAGUCACAAGGCGUUGGAGUAUGAGAAGGUGAAGUCUGAGUAUGCCCAGCUCAAAGACGCCCUUGGCGCUGUGACACGGGAGAGAGAUUCAGCCGUGUGGGAGAGGAACCAGCUCCGAGGCAAACUGGAGAACCUAGAGCAGGUGCUCAAGCAUAUGCGAGAGGCUGCGGAGCGGCGGCAGCAGCUAGAGCUGGAGCAUGAGCAGGCCCUGGCUGUACUCAAUGCAAAGCAGCAGGAGAUUGACCUUCUUCAGAAGGCUCAGGUUGAGGCUAAAAAGGAGCAUGAGGGCGCUGUCCAUCUGUUAGAGAACCACUUGGACAGCAUGCAGGCCAAAGUGCGCGAGCUGGAGGAGAAAUGUCGGAGUCAGAGUGAGCAGUUCAACCUCCUGUCAAAAGAGCUGGAGAAGUUCCGGCUGCAGGCCGGGAAGUUCGACAUUCUCAGCACGGAGCCAAUAACAUUGUGCGACUCUCCAGGAUCGCCCAACAAGUCCCUGUCCCAGCUGCUCAAUGGACUGGCUGCCCCCAUAGGAAAAGGAAAUGAGGCCCCGACAAGCAGAUCUUUGAUAUCCGAGUUCAUCCGGCCGCUGCAGAUCAGUGGAGACAAGUCUGAGCUCCUCUCAGUCAAGCCAACAUUCCUCACUCGCGGUCGCGCCAGCAGCCCGGCACGAGCUUUCCUCUCUGAGAUGGACAAAGAGCUGAGCUCAACGACAAGGUCAAAACUGAGGUUCACAGGGAAGAUUCGUCUGUGCAUUGCUCGCUACAGUUACAAUCCUUAUGAUGGGCCUAAUGAGCAUCCUGAAGCUGAGCUUCCUCUGGUGGCAGGGAAGUACCUCUACAUCUACGGGACAAUGGAUGAGGACGGCUUUUAUGAAGGAGAGCUGCUGGACGGACAGCGGGGGCUUGUCCCAUCAAACUUUGUGGAUUUUGUUCAAGAUGAGGACACAUCCACUGUCCAACACAGGGACACAGUGACUAAAGAACCUGGCUACCUCAACCACAGUAGCCUGGGGUCUCAGAGACUGGGAGUGGGCAUAGGAUCGGGAACAGGCAUAAGCAGCCUGCUGUCGGACAGUAAGCUGGACAGUUUUACCACCAGCAGCCUGGGCAUGGACCUCCUCGGAUCCUCCAGCAACGGGACGGGAACCCUGGAUGUCAGCAUUGACGAGAUCGGUGAAGACGUCGUGCCUUAUCCUCGCCGCAUCAACCUGAUUAAACAACUGGCCAAGAGCGUGAUCAUCGGCUGGGAUCCUCCCGUGGUACCGCCGGGUUGGGGCUCCAUCAGUGGCUACAACGUCUUGGUGGACAAGGAGGUGCGCAUGCGUGUCCCCUACGGGGGCCGGACGAAGGCUCUCAUCGAAAAGCUCAACCUGGCCACCAGCACCUACCGCAUCGCGGUGCAGACCAUGACGGAGCGGGGCCCGUCGGACGAGCUCCGGUGCACGCUGCUGGUGGGGAAGGACGUGGUGGUGGCGCCGUACUACCUGCGGGUGGACAGCAUCACGCAGGUCUCCGCCGAGCUCUCCUGGAUGCCCAGCAACAGCAACUACAGCCACGUGAUCUUCCUCAACGGCGCCGAGUACGACAUGGUCAAGGCAGGGGCCUACAAGUACAAGUUCUUCAACCUGAAACCCAUGGCGGUUUACAAGGUGAAGGUGGUGGCGCAGCCGCAUCAGGUGCCUUGGCAGCUCCCGAUGGAUCAGAGAGAGAAGAGGGAGAUUUCUGUGGAGUUCUGCACUCAGCCCGCAGGUCAGCCUCCAAAACCUUACUCACACGAACUGCUCGGGCCUCCUCUUCCCCCCCAGGAGGUGCAGGUCCAGUGUGGGCAGACACCCGGAGUCCUGCAGGUCAGGUGGAAGCCGCCGCCUCUGACCCCUUCAGGAACCUCCAACGGCGCCAGUGUGAUCGGCUACGCCGUGUGCACAAAGGGACAAAAGAUAGCGGAGGUGUUGUACCCCACUGCAGACUAUGUGACCGUGGACCUGAGCAGGAUUCAGUGUCUGGAGGCCAGGGAGGUCAUUGUAAGGACGUUAUCCACACAAGGAGAGUCCCAGGACUCCCCCGUGGCCGUCAUCCCCCACAACCUCCUGGGCUCCCCGCGCCUCCCCCGGAGGUCCACCGCGGCGCCCCACCCGCUGCCCCACCCCGGGCACUCGCAAACACACCCUCCCUACCCGUCCACGUACCCUCCCAAUCACCCGCAGCCGCAGGUGCAGCCUCUGCCCCGGGCCCAGCCCCACACGCUGCCCCACGCGCAGCCGCACUCGCAGCCCCUGUGUCACCCCCCUCCUCCCCCCCAGCCUCACUUCCAGCGUCACCCCAUGCCCAAGUCCAAACCAUUAGUAAGUGCCAGAGAGUCAGAAACCAAAGAGCACGAGGUGGGCCUGAGGCCGGCCCAGCCCUGGGAGCGCUCCCCCUCUCCGCUGCCCCCGAUGCGUGGACCCAAUCUGGAGCCGCCGUACUUCCAGCCGCGGCGAUCGCCCUCUCCUCAGAGGAUCCUGCCACAGCCUCAGGGAGUCCCCAUCCCCAACACCAUCGCCAAGGCCAUGGCCAGGGAAGCUGCCCAGAGAGUGUUCGCCGAAGGCAACAGGGUUGAUAAAAGGAAUUUCUUUAGCGAGCGGGGUAGCGCCCUGCAUCCACUCAACUCCGAUGAGGAGGAGGACGGCUACGGCUCUCCGCACGCGAGGAGGAGAGGAGCGUCGGUAGAUGAAUUCCUCAGAGGCUCAGAGCUGGGCAGACAGUCGCACCACCACCACCACUACAGCCACAGCGAGGAGUACCACACGGAGAGCAGCAGGGGCUCCGACCUGUCGGACAUAAUGGAGGAGGAUGAGGAGGAUCUCUACUCUGAGAUGCAACUGGAGGAGGGCCGCAGGCGCAGCAUCAACUCCCACAACACUCUCAAGGCAUAUUACAAGCGUCAGGACUUAGCUGAGGAGAGGGACUGCUGGGACCUCCAGAGGGAGGUGGUCAAGCAGAAGUCGCUGCGCAGCAAGCGUCUCCACAGCAUCCCGGAGGUGGCGGAGGAGGAGUCGGACAGCGUGGACAGCACGGGCCAGCGCCUGAGCUUCGAGGGGGGCGGGCGGCCGGGGACCCCCCAGCCCCAGAGGCGGCCGUACCCGCAGGACAACCACCUGGCGCCCGGCAAGACCCUGCGGCACCUGCAGCGCCAGCGCUCCUCCCCGCGCUUCACCGACAGCCGCUACUGCUACGGCGCCGAGGACCGCGGCCUCGCGCGGCCCAACCGCCAGAACACCAAGAGUCCCGACAGCGGCUUGGACUGCGGCAGCGAAGAGGAAGGCUCGCUGGGCUGGAGCCACCGGGGCUACUAUGCCCACGGGGGCCCCAUGCGGGGGCCCGUGCGCGUCAUCCACUGCGAAGGCCCCGUAGAGAGGCGGGCGCUGGCCAUGGGCCGCAAAAGGACUCUAACCCGGCAGUGUAGUGUGGAGGAGGAGUUCUGUGACGUCCCGGUGCCGGCGGCCAAGUCGGUGCACACAGGUGACUUUAGGAACAGGGAGCACUUUGGGCCCGGUCGAGAGACGGGGCCGCGAAACUACUCCAGGGAGGGGGCCCUGAGCGAGGGCAGGCUGAACGAGUUGGACAGGGUCUAUUACAGCCCCCACAGGGAGGCUAGGGCCCAGUCUUUGUCCAGGCUCAACCGGGACCAGCCGCUGAUCAUUGGGAACUCCCCGUCACACGGAAGCGCUGAUCGUCUGGACCAUUCGGGGAGGAGGCCGGUUCACAUCGGCACCCCCCCCCAGCGAAGACCCAUCCCAUCCAUUGAGAUCACCAUGGACAGUAACAGUGAGGGCAGUGAGGGGAACCUCUCACCCGUCAAGGACGAUGUUUACUAUGGCAGUGUAGCUCGGCGCAGGAUAUGGCGAUCAGUGUCCUCAGAGGAUCAAUAUGACGGCUACGGCGGGCGCAGGCACGGCCGGGGUCGGAGGUCACCGGAUUACUAUGAGGAGUCGGAGCCGGAGGAGAUGACCCGCGUGUUUGUGGCUCUGUUUGACUAUGACCCCAUGUCCAUGUCUCCCAACCCGGAUGCUGCUGAUGAGGAGCUGCCGUUCAAGGAAGGACAGAUUAUCAAGGUCUUUGGGAACAAAGACACAGACGGCUUCUACAGGGCCGAGAUCCGAGACAGAGUGGGGCUGAUCCCCUGUAACAUGGUGUCUGAAAUCCAGACGGAAGACGAUGAAAUGAUGGAGCAGCUCCUCAAACAGGGCUUCCUGCCUCUUAACACUCCUGUGGAGAAGUUAGUGAACUGCGACCGUUUCAAAGAUGGCCGCUCAAUAAAUCGCAGGUCCAGAAAGUCCAAGAGAGAGAGGAACAGGCGGAGCGGGCGCCAGCACCCGAUGUCCACGUGCAGAAUGGUGGCUCUGUACGACUACGACCCCAGGGAGAGCUCCCCCAACGUUGAUGUAGAGUACGAGGGCAGCAGACUGAAUGAGGAGGCUGAACUGACUUUCUGUGCUGGUGACGUCAUCACAGUGUUUGGUGAAAUAGAUGAAGACGGCUUUUACUACGGUGAACUCAAUGGACACAAAGGACUUGUUCCUUCCAACUUUUUAGAAGAAGUGCCUGACGAUGUAGAGGUUUUUCUCACUGACUCACCAUCUCGAUACCCCCAGGACACUCCAGCACGGAUAAAGACCAAAAGGGUUCCACUGGGAAAAUCGGGUCUGCCCAGAAGAGCAGCCUCUCCCACAGUGCGUCCACACACCCGCAGCCCUGGCCCUGCCGCCGCGGGGCCCGGCAGUCCCAUCGGGGCUCCACUGGACAUGCACGCCUCCAAAGGGAAAACGGGACUGUUCUCCACAGGGAAGCAUCUAUUGCAGAGACUUGGCGCUGUGAAAUAAGCGGCAUCCUUGGAGACGCUUCCUCUGCAGUGUAAAUGAUUCAGUUGAGCCAAGCAAAUCCUUUAUUCUUGUACAUCUAUUGUAUACUAGAACACUUAUUUUGUUUACGGCAUCAACUACAUAUUUUCAACAACGCAUUUAUUAGGGUGCAGAGACCUCGCGUUUUGACACGAAGUAUCGCAUCAUACCUCCAUGUCUCUGGCUGGUUGUGUUUUGCUGUCGACAGACUCGGGGCAUUCUCCUCUUUGCACAUACGCUGGCACUUGAGACACACACACGUGACCAGCGUGUCUGUAGAGGAAACCGGAAUGUCACUCAAACACUGAGGGCUGCACUCAACCUUGGCCUCCAUUUUGAAUCCAGGCAAAGCUGGACGAGGAGGGCUUCAAACAGAGCUUGUUGACAACAGCCAGUCAAAUGGAGCGUAUGACAGGUUUGCAUGCUUUACUUCAGCACCCCCCCCCCAACCCCUUUAGAAUCCAUGCAGCGUGACCGGAUCAGUACGGAAACGUGAAACAUGCAGUAGUUCAACAGUCUGUCAGACUGGCGGUGCAGUAUACUGUGACAAAUCAAGAGAUUAGAUUCCUCCUCUGCCCUCUGUACAACUGUGAUGGAGGCCAGAGGUCCCGUUAUACACCGACAAAACAAGCACACUGACGUACCUACUGUACUACAGGGUCUCUGCAGUGAAACAGCCCGAAUGAACAUGCCUAGUAGCUCCAACCUUCAUGUGUUUGCCUUAUACUUGCACAAUUGUCAGUGGCGUGUCCUGUUCAUUUAUGUUGAUACAUUAUGCAACAUGAUCCUUUCGAUGACAUUAAUCCUGACCUGUAAUGUGCAGGGUACUGUGUGACUGUUGCGACUUCCAAAAGGACCACACCUUAGGCAAAUAUCCACACACGAGUCUAUUAAGCAGGUCGAGAAUAAAGCUUAGAUAAUGGGGAAAAGGUCCAGGGGGGCUGCUGGCUAAAUUAAGUCUCCAUUAGAUGGAUGCACUGACAAAACAAAAGGGAGGAGCAUGGCAAAGCUGUGCAGUUAUUGUACAGCAUGUGUUUCAAAACAUGUCACAUUUAUGGGGUUCACUAGUGUACUGAGCAUUCAUACUAGUUGACCGAGACACAAGGCUACCUCUAUACUUCCUCUCCAUCUAUGUAACCCAAAAUCUAUUAGACCUAAAUGUGUGUCAUUGAUGCCUGUUCAGUGUCCUGAGUCAUGUUGGUGCAGGAUUUAAGUACUGUAUAUCAAUAUUAUACUGUAUAUAAGUUAUAUAUAUCUACACCUAAAUGUAGAGUAGUGAAUGUAUGAAUUGAAAGCCAAUGUAUUUUUAAAGCUGCCCAAAAGGAUUGUGCAAUGUCAGUUUGUGCGUGAAACGAACCAGUCCACUCUAAUCCUCUCACCCCAUUGUUUUCCAUUUUAUCCUCUCAUCUACAUUAAACCCAAUGUGUUCCAAAAAAGAACAAGAACUGCCAAAAAAAGAGAAUGUCUGCAAAACGUUCUAAUUUUUUCUGAACAAUUCUCGGCCAAACAGCCACGUACCACCCAUAUGUACAUCUUUCCUAUUUGUAGACGCACUCUUCACUUUGCUUUGAUUCCUUUCGAGUGACUGUUGCUCUUUUUGUACUUUGUCCAUUUGUAAAAUUGUUUUUAAAUGUUUAUACUUGAUUUUCAAACUGCCUUUUUUGUACAUUUAACUUUAUAAUCAAAACAGUGCAAGCGCUCCCCAUGGUGUCUUGAAGACCACAUUGUUUAAGAAGUCUGCAAUAGUGUGCUAGCUUUGACAAGAAUAUCAGCCUAUAUUGAUGGUUAUAAAUUGUGUGGGUGUGCAUGUGCAAUUUUUCUAUAGAAAGAAAAAAACUUUAAAUAAAUUUGAUAUUUUGUAACA